GCAUGGGGAGUAGAAGGGGUUAUAGCCUGGGGUUUGCAGUCCCCAGUGUUCAGUGCCUAAGUGACGGCUGGGUGGAGCAGACAGCUUCCUAGAACACCUUCUGACAUCUUUAAAACCCAGAGUGUCUGUUCUCCCGUGGCAGAAGGGGUUGCAAGCAGGAGUUUGGUGUCUUGCUGAAGAAAGAGGGGAUGUUGCCCAUCACAGAUCAAGUACUGAGGGUGCUGAGGCUGGAGAAGACCUCCUUCCGCACCUAUGUCAUCUCUGCACUGCUCCUGUCCCUGCUUUUCUUCUUCUUCCGCCUCCUCCUGAAGGUCUUCCAGAUAUGCCAUCAGUUUCACAUCACCUGCCAACGAUUACGAUGCUUCCCUCAGCCUCCCCGGAGGAACUGGCUCUUGGGCCAUUUGGGUAUGUACCUGCCCAAUGAGAGAGGCCUCCGAGACGAAAUGCAGGUCCUCAACACGAUGCACCAUAUUGUCCUUGUCUGGAUAGGGCCUUUCCUGCCCCUGCUGGUCCUGGUGCACCCUGACUACAUCAAACCCCUCCUGGGAGCUUCAGCGGCCAUUGCUCCGAAGGACAAACUCUUCUAUGGUUUCCUGACACCCUGGCUGGGAGAUGGGCUGCUGCUGAGCAAAGGCGAUAAAUGGAGUCGUCAUCGGCGCAUGUUAACCCCGGCUUUUCACUUUGAUAUCCUCAAGCCCUACAUGAAGAUCUACAACCAAUGCACAGAUAUCAUGCAUGCCAAGUGGAAUCGUUUGGUUGCUGGGACCACGGCCUCCUUGGAUAUGUUUGAGCACGUCAGUCUCAUGACCUUGGACAGCUUGCAGAAAUGUGUUUUUAGCUAUAACAGCGACUGCCAGGAGAAGAUGAGUGACUACAUCACGGCCAUUAUUGAGCUGAGUGCCCUGGUGGUGAAGCGCCAGUACCGGAUCCACCACCAUCUGGACUUCAUCUACUACCGGACUGCAGAUGGGCGGCGCUUUAAGGAGGCUUGUGAUAUUGUGCAUCACUUCACUACUGAGGUCAUACAGGAGAGGCGGCAGGCUCUCAACAAGCAGGGGGCAGAGGCCUGGCUCAAGUCCAAGCAGGGCAAGACUUUGGAUUUUAUUGAUGUGCUGUUGCUGGCCAAGGAUGAAGAUGGGAAGCAGCUGUCAGACGAAGACAUCCGAGCAGAGGCAGAUACCUUCAUGUUUGAGGGACAUGACACCACGUCCAGUGGCCUCUCUUGGGUGUUGUUUAACUUGGCCCGACACCCUGAAUAUCAGGACAAGUGCCGAGAGGAGAUCCAGGAGAUCAUGAAAGGGAGGGACACAGACGAGAUUGAGUGGGAUGAUCUGGCCCAGAUGCCCUUCAUCACCAUGUGCAUCAAGGAGAGCCUCCGCCUCUUUCCUCCCGUCACCCUCAUUUCACGCCGUUGCACUGAGGACAUCAAGCUGCCCGAUGGGCGCAUCAUCCCCAAAGGGACAAUUUGCCUGGUCAGCAUCUAUGGGACCCACCACAAUCCUUCUGUGUGGCCUGAUUCCAAGGUGUUCAACCCCUACCGCUUUGACCCCGAGAAUCCCCAGCAGAGAUCCCCACUGGCCUACAUUCCCUUCUCAGCCGGACCCAGGAAUUGCAUCGGUCAGAGUUUUGCCAUGUCCGAGAUGAAGGUGGUUGUGGCCCUGACUUUACUCCGGUUCCGGCUCACCGUGGACAGGACCAAGAAGGUGCGAAGGAAGCCCGAGCUGAUCCUACGGACAGAGAGCGGGAUUUGGCUAAACGUGGAGCCGUUGUCCUCCCAGACCGCAGCCUCUCCUGCCACCCAGCCCCAGCAAUGAGCCCGGUUUGGGGACUGGAGGCUGUGGGAAGCAAGAGUGGGGAGAUGUCCAGAAGUCCCGAGGCCUGGAGCUGUGUGACCCUCUCUCUUUCCCUGAUGUUUCUCUCCCUGUGCUGGGUGUGGAGACCCAGUAAUCUGGGGCUGGGGACACCAUCAUCCUUGGACAUCCUUCCUUUGCCUUUCCUCUUGCUCCUUGGAGUUAAUCUUGAAAGAACAAUCUCAGGGCUUGUUAGAAGUGGGAUGAGAGAGGGGACAGCAGCUUUCAGCCAGUCUCUACUUUUUGUGGGCGCUGUCCCACCCCCUCCUGGCUGUUGGGUUUGCUGGGAGCUGACUGGAUUCCUCAGUUAUAAGAUCAUUUAUUGUUUUCAUUUUUAUUUUAUUUUUUAAGAUAAAAGAGUAGGGGGAGAAAGAAAAAGAAAAUCUUGCUCUCAUGAUGAAUGCAGUUUUCAAGAUCUGCCUGUACAUUUCUGAAAUGAUGUGAUUCUGUAUAAUAAAACCAGUAAGAUUCA